CUUAUUAGGGCAGUCGUCCGUGGAGCCAAACCGCCAUGCUGCGCCGAAAUGUGCGCCUGCGGAAAGAAUACCUGUAUCGAAAGGGCUUGGAGGGCAAGGAGCGAGCAGCUUAUGAGCGGAAGCGGCUAAUUCGCAAGGCCCUUGAAGAGGGCAAGCCCAUUCCCACCGAGCUGCGCAAGGACGAGUCGGAGCUGCGGCGGGAGAUCGAGCUGGAGGAUGACAACACGGCGGUGCCGCGCACGCACGUGGACGACGAGUACGCACACGCGGGCGAGACGGACCCCAAGGUGCUAGUCACCACCUCGCGCGACCCCUCCAGCCGCCUCACGCAGUUCGCAAAGGAGAUGAAGCUGGUCAUCCCCAACAGCCAGCGGAUAAACCGUGGUGGCCUCAUCCUGAAGGAGCUGGUGGACACGUGCCGCAACCACGACUUCACGGACAUCGUGGUGUUGCACGAGCACAGAGGAGAGCCGGACGGCAUGGUGGUGUGCCACCUGCCGUACGGCCCCACAGCCUACUUCGGCAUCUUUAACACCGUGCUGCGGCACGACAUCGGGCAGAAGAAGGAGGUGGGCACCAUCAGUGAGGCCUAUCCGCACCUGGUGCUGGACAACCUGGGCUCCAAACUGGGCGCCCGCACAGCCAACAUCCUCAAACACCUGUUCCCGGUGCCCAAGGACGACGCCAAGCGCAUUGUGACGUUCUCCAACCGGCAGGACUACAUCUCCUUCCGCCACCACACCUACGCCCAGCCCAAGGGGGCCAGCAGCAUCGAGCUCACAGAGUGCGGCCCGCGCUUUGAGCUCAAGCUGUACCAGAUCAAGCUGGGCACGCUGGACCAGUCGCACGCGGAGAAUGAGUGGGUCCUUCGAGCCUACACGCGCAACACCAAGCGCGCACGCCUGGGGGACGACGGAGACCAGGCCGCGGCGGGCGGGCCGCCGGGCAAGGCGCCCAAGCUGGCGACGGCGGCGGCGGCGCCGUCGGGAGGAGGCCGGGGCGGUGGAGGUUGGGGCGGUGGAGGCCGGGGCGGCGGCGGUGGGGGCCGGGGUGGUGGAGGCAGGAGCGGCGGAGGCCGGGGCCGGGGUGGGGGUGGCAAGAGGUAAAGGCGAGGCAAGGAUAUGGACGGGGCGGGGGGGGGUUGGUGCGGGGAGGUGGGGGUUGCGGCAUGUCGCUGGUGGAGAUACUGAGGCGAGGCAAGGUGGUGGAGCCCCACGGUGGAGCCCCCUCACCACAUGCGAUUGUGCUGACCUGCUGAGCUGGGGUGAUGAAACUUUCCACCUACGGCCAGUGCCGGUGUGUGCGUCUGUUGUGGUCCCACGUGUGCGUGCAAACUACGACCGGGAAACACUACACAUGUCCAGGUCUAGCGUGGUGGUGGCAGUUAUGGUGGUGAACGCAGCAGGUGAACGUGAUGGUGGCGGUUGUGGUGGUGGUGGCGGCGGUGGUGAUGGCGGCUGUGGUGAUGGCGGUUGUGGUGGCGGCCACACGGCCUUCGGGGCGUCGCUGUAAUGGCAGUUAUUG